UAUAUAUAUAUACCGUCAUUCUCCUUACGGGCACGCAUCCCAAACUCUCACUACCCACUAUUGCUUGAACGCGAUGCUGCGAGUACUGUUGCUGUGCGUGGCCGGCUUUGGGCUUUGUUUCGGCCAGGUGCUCAAGCCCGGCAAGUGUCCAGAGUUCAUCCCCAAAACAGACUUCGAGGUGGAACCGUACUUGGGGAAAUGGUUGGAAAACGCACGAUUCCCCACCUCGUACCAGAUAAAUCAGACCUGCAACUAUGCCGAGUAUUCAGACAGAGGGGACGGAACGGUCGGCGUGCACAACGCUGGACUGGAGGCUGACGGCACGUUCUCGGAAAUCUUCGGCUACGUGGAGCUGACAGACGUACCCGGAUCCCUCGCCCUUCACCUGGACGGCGUUCCCUUCGUGGGUGCUUACGACGUGCUGGAGACAGACUACGAGACCUACUCCGCCGUGUAUUCCUGCCUCAACCUGAUCGGGCUGCGUCACAUGGACCAGGCGUGGGUGCUAGGGCGUCAUAUGCUUUCUGAAGAAGAGCUCAACAUCGCCCUCUCUGCCUUCACUCGCUGGGGCAUUGACAUCAGCUCCUUCGAGUACACGCCUCAGACUGACUGUUCUGCGCUGCCCUGAGCAUCUCCCACCAUCUUGUUCCUCUUCUCUCCUCGUGAUUCAAACUGAUUAUGCAGCAAUGAAUGUUUCUACAUGAAUAUAAGUUUGCUUCUCCUUGCACUGUACACCGACCUACAAGGAACACCAGACUGCCCAUGCGUGAAAAGUGACUGGGAGACUGAGGAGACUGGGGAAUAGAGGAUCGUGCUUCCCCAUACCAACUGACCACGCAGUCAUCCAGACUUGGACAGACAUUGCCUGACCAGGGAGGGAGGGAAGCGGAGCAGCUACUCUUAUGAAAUUAUCAAGAAUUUUAUCUAUUUAUGGGUAUACAAUUCAGUACUGAAUUGACAAAUGAUUGUAACUAACAAAAAUAAAAAGUACUAAAAUUGAAGUUACGCACUGACCCACAACGAAAUACAGCAAUUUCCCCGAUACAGAUAAUGAUAAAAACAAAACAAAACUGGGCUCACAUUCACAUCUAGCUCUACUCAUGAUAAAAAAAAAAAUUUCGUUGAAUCAAACAGACGGAGGCAUCAGUCUGUGGAAGAAACGUUUACCACUUUUCGUGAAGUACUUAUAUCUUUGGCGGGGUGUGUUCACUGAAAACUUUUAGUCUGUGUAUUGCUAGAAUUUGUUGCAGAGAAAUUUCUAAUUAAAGACUUCUGUUACCA